AUGCCUCUGAGGCCAAUUGCAAACCCGGACCUGCCACCGCCGCCAUCCGGCAAAUACCCAGCAAAAGCCCACGCGAGACGAGUCGCCAAAUGGAUCGCCGAGAAUGGAGGUCCGACCAGCGGCGUUAUCUAUCUCGAAGGCCAGAGCACCAAGAUGACCGAAGAUGACGAUCAAGCGAGCCACUUCAGACAACGACGGCACUUCUACUAUUUGACGGGCUGCGACUUGCCAGAUUGCUACUUUGCUUACGACAUUGCUUCGGAUAAGUCGACUCUAUGGAUUCCGCCAGUAGAUCCGGAAUAUGUCAUGUGGGCUGGCCUGCCUCUGCUUCCCAAAGAAGCGCUUGAAAAGUAUGACAUUGACGAUGCGCUCACAACUGAUGAUCUGAAGUCGGGGAAGUCAGUGGUUGCGAUGCUGUCAAAACAGACACCACUGAUUCUUGCCAUGGAGGAUCGCGCUGAUCUGUCGAUUUUCGAGCUUGAUGCAGUCAAGAACUUCCAGCCUGAGAUCAAUUUGAAGUGGCUGCGAAAUGCCAUUGAGGAAUGCAGGACUGUCAAAGACGACCACGAAAUUGCCAUGAUCAGACAUGCCAACAUCGUAUCCUCAUAUGCUCAUGAGCAGGUCAUGGCAUCUGUGACUCGCGCAUCCAAUGAGCGCGAACUCAAUGCUGUGUUUGUCAUGCACUGUCAUGCCAAUGCCUGCAAAGAACAAGCAUAUGGAUGUAUCUGUGCCUCUGGAACUGCCGGAAGUACCCUGCACUAUGUUCACAACGAUCAACCGCUCGAAGGCAAGGACAAUAUUUUGCUCGACGCAGGUGGCGAAUGGAACUGUUAUUGCGCAGAUAUCACACGGACCUUCCCAAUCACUAAAGACGGAAAGUUCACGAAGGAGAGCAAGGAGAUCUACGACCUGGUUCUGCUUAUGCAGAGCGAAGCCAUGAGCCUGAUCAAAGCUGGCACGAUGUGGGAAGACUGCCAUAUGAAAGCGCACACCGUCGGCGCCACAGGGCUGCAGAAACUCGGCAUCUUCAAUAAGGAUCUCAGUAUACAGCAGAUCUUGGACUCUCAAAUCAUGACUCGCUUCUUUCCGCAUGGCCUCGGACACUUUCUGGGUAUGGACACUCACGACUGUGGAGGUGGAGCCAACUACGAUGAUCCGAACCCAUACUUCGCAUAUCUCAGAAAGCGAGGGCCGUUGCAAGCUGGAAACGUGAUCACGAAUGAGCCCGGGAUUUACUUCCGUAAGUAUCCUUUGGAGGCCGAGCUGCAGGAAGGUAAGUGGGACGGCGUGGUUGAUCAGAGCGUGCUUGCGAGAUAUUGGCGUGUGGGAGGUGUGCGCAUCGAGGACGAUAUCGUCGUCACUGAGGAUGGCUGGUACAACCUGACGACAGUGAAGAGUGACUGGCAGGACGUUGAAGCGAUGGUGCAAGUUGGCGCUCUUCAAGUCAAUGGUGUAUCGCAUUAGUGGACUGUCUGUGAAAUUUUGGAGAGCAGAGCGAGAUCAUGACCGCGAACGACAACGAAGGACACAAACGCGUCACAUGGGUUCCAAU